AUGUUAAUAUCUUUUGAUGUGACUAAUGAGAAAUUUGAGACGAUAGACCUUCCGGAUAGUUUAGCUUGCCAUAAUAUCAUGGACUUGCAUAUAUCUAAGAUAAGGGACUCACUUGCCAUGCUUCAAAAAAGGGAGAACAUCUAUACUGUAUGGAUGAUGGAGCAUAGUGUUCAAAGAUCAUUUACAAAGCUAUUCAGUAUAGAGACACGGCAUCAUAUAGUGGGGUUUAGGGAGAGUGGCAUACCUAUAUUGCAAGUGACAGAUAAUCGUCCUGAUGAUUACGAGGUGAAGUAUAAAAUUGUUGUUUAUGAGCCCAACUUAGAACACAACAACGUUCUUGAGACUUCUGUAUCAUGUUGCUGCUUCGAAAUGCAUUCCUACAUGGAAACACUACUUUUGCUUGGUUGGCCUGGCUGGAAAAGUUAUUGA